AUGGUAUUAUCUAAACAAAUGUUAACUUUUGUUCAUAAAAAAUUUUUUAACUUUUCUACUAUAUACCUUAUAUUUUUAUUAAUUUUUUCAAUUUUUCAACUUCUGGUAGCAAAUACAAAAGUAUAUGAUGUUUAUUAUAAGUUAAAUGAUCAUUUUCAUCCAUUAAAAUAUGAUAUUAAAUUAAGUUUAGACAGUCAUUCAAAUGAAAUAACAGGACAGGUUGUUAUUGAUAUUUUAUGUCAAAAAACAAGUACAUAUUUAGAAUUACAUUCUGAUAGUAAUUUUAUUCUUUUUAAACAUGUAACAAUUCAUGAAAACAAUAAAAAUAAAUCUAUUGUUUUGGAUGAUCCGGUAUUUAAUUAUAAUACGCAAACAGUUAUUCUCAAAUAUCCAAAAAGUAAUAAAUAUAGGAAAAAUAAAUUAUAUAAAUUAACAAUAUGGUAUAGAACAAAAUAUUCAGAACAUCUAAGAGGUUUUAUGAAAAUUGAGGAUAAUGUAAAUGGAAAUUGGGUUAAUUCACUUCUUGAAAUGACAUAUGCCAGACAAGUUUUUCCUUCUUUUGAUGAACCAAGAUGGAAAAGUGUCUUUAGACUUCAAUUAUGGUUAAGUGGAGAAUUUGCUAAAGCAUCAUAUAUUGCUUUAUCUAAUACAGAAGGUAGUCCAUUUAUGUUUUCAAAUAAUUUAACAAUAUGGACAUUUAAAUCAACUCCACCUAUACCAACAUAUUUAUUUACAGUUUCAAUUGGAAAAUUUGAUAAUUAUUGUUGUGAAAAUAAAAUUCAAAAAGAAAAAGAUAUAUGUAUAUGGAAAUUUAAUAGAUCAAAAGAUCCAAAUUGGCAUGAUGUUGCAGAAGAUGUUUGUUAUGAAAUAAAAAAAUAUAAAAAUUUAAUUGAUAAAUAUUUAAAUAUUGAUACUAAAGCAAAAGAACAUUUUCUUAUUGUACCUUGUCAAUUAAAUGGUAUGGAAAAUUUUGGUUUAUUACAAGUAUCUGAAAGAUUAUGGCCAAAAAAAAAUAAUACUAGAAGUAUGGUAACAUUUACAAAAACAUUAACACAUGAAAUGGCACAUCAAUUUUUUGGAAAUUUAGUUACAAUUAAAUGGUGGAAUGAUAUUUGGAUAGCAGAAUCAUUAACAAGUUUUAUAUCAAUGAAAAGACCUUAUGAAUUUAGAGUUGAAAUAGAUAAUUCUGAAGAACCAUUAAUUGAUAAAAAAUGGGCUGAAAAAAUACCACAUCAUGUAUAUGUUAAAGGUCCAGCUGUAUUAAUGAUGCUAGAAGAUGUCAUUGGCCCACAUUUAAUGAAAAAAUUAUUAAGAAAAUUUAUUAAAAAAUAUGCAUUAACGUCAGUUGACAGUCAAGAUUUUUUUAAUAUUCUUAAACAUGUAACUCAUAUGCAUAUGCCAAUGGCAUUACCAUUUUUUAAAAGUUGGUUAUACCAAGGAAGUUAUCCAUUAGUAUUUAUAGAUUUUGAUGAAGAAAAUAAAUUAUUUACACUUUCACAAACACCAAAAUAUGGUAACCCUAAAAAUAGAUGGUUAAUACCAAUAUGGGUUGAUUGCGCAGUUGGAACUGUACCUGAAAAAUUAUUUUGGAUAACUAAGAAUUCAAAUCUUGUUUUACAUAUAAAUGAUUUAACAAAAACAAAUAAAUCUGCUGCUGUAGCUUUUAAUAGAAAUCGGUCAGUAUAUUAUAGUGUUAUAUAUAAUUACUUUACUAUGUAA